AUGAGGACGGAGAAAUCUGCGGAGGAGGAUGGAGCUUCUAAUGAAGCUAAAAGAAAGAAGAGAGAGAAGGAGAAGAAGAGAGAAGCGAAGAGAGAAAAGAAGGAGAAGAGAAGAAGGAGAGAGAAAAGGGAGAAGUCGUGGUGCGACCGAUUAAGAAAAAAAAAAUACAGACAGAUGGAGAGAGAGGAAGGAGAAAAAGAGAGGGGGAAGAGAGAGAAAGAUUGUGAUAAAGACGAAUCACAAUUUCUACUUGGACUGAAAAAAUACGGAAAAGGCGAUUGGCGUAACAUUUCGCGUAACUUCGUGACCACACGAACCCCGACGCAAGUCGCAAGCCAUGCCCAAAAAUACUUUAUCCGGCAACUUUCCGGCGGGAAGGACAAAAGACGGUCGAGCAUACACGACAUCACGACCGUUAAUCUCGACGAGAUCAAAUCUCCUUCGCCGGAAAAGAAUAAUGGACCACUCGACUCGCCGGAAAAGCAGAACUUGAUCUUACAAGUGCAGCAGCACAAUCUUGAUGGAGAUGUUGUGGUCCGACCCAAUUACGAACCGGGCCUGAAAAGCCCGGGAGCUGUAUUGGGCUUCAGCCCGAUCAUGGCCCACUUUCAAGGGACCUCUGGUUACAGCGGGCUUGGCCCGCCGCACUUUGGGCAACAUCAUGGUACGGUUUUCCAGAUGAAUCCGCACUAG